GUGUCAGUUGGAAUCGGCAGUGGGAAGGGUAAAGAGUGGUGACAAACAUAAGAAGUGGUUUCUUAGACCAAAUAUUUGCUUAUAAAUUAGCCAUGCAGAGGCAAAUGGAGGAUCCUGCAGCUGAUAGCAGUGCAGAUGAUACUGAGGAGAGCACGCCUGCAUCUGAGAUGACCAACAGCCCUAAAGAAGCUGAAACACAGCCGGACGGCUCACCAGCCAACAAAGAUGAAGGCUUGGCAGAGGCUGGGGCAAUUUCUUCUUGUGAUAUGGCUGAGGAGCUGAGCAGACAGCUGGAGGACAUCCUCAGCACCUACUGUCAUGAGGAUGGCAGUGUUGGCAGCAAGAAUGCCGCCGUGACCAAUGGUGUGGAAGUCAAUGGGCUGUCUGAGAAGGAAAACGGCAAGCAGGAGGAAGCCAAACUGAAUGGCAACGGAUGUGUAGAGAAAGAUCAGAAGAAGCUGCAGGAGAAGAAGAAAGUGAAGGGACUGGGGAAGGAGAUAACUCUUUUAAUGCAGACCCUCAACACACUGAGCACUCCAGAGGAGAAGCUGGGUGGUCUCUGCAAGAAGUAUGCUGAGCUGUUAGAGGAGCACCGUAAUGCUCAGAAACAGAUGCGGGUGUUGCAGAAGAAGCAGACGCAGCUCAUUCAGGAGAAGGACCAUCUAAGAAAUGAGCACAGCAAGGCCAUCCUGGCACGCAGCAAACUGGAAAGUCUCUGUCGAGAAUUGCAGAGGCACAACCGCACACUUAAGGAGGAUGGUGUGCAACGUGCCCGAUUGGAGGAGGAGAAAAGGAAAGAAGUGACUUCACACUUCCAGGUGACACUGAAUGACAUCCAGGCUCAGAUGGAGCAGCACAAUGAGCGGAAUGCAAACCUGAGACAGGAGAACAUGGAGCUGGCUGACAAACUAAAGAAGCUUAUUGAGCAGUACGAGCUCCGAGAGGAGCAUAUUGACAAGGUGUUCAAACAGAAAGAUCUGCAACAGCAGCUAGUAGAUGCAAAGCUUCAUCAGGCACAGGGUCUGCUCAAAGACUCAGAGGACCGGCAUCAGAAAGAGAAGGACUUUCUCCUGAAAGAGGCAGCAGAGUCUCAGAGGAUGUAUGAGCUCAUGAAACAACAGGAAGUUCAUCUGAAACAGCAGCUUUCGUUGUACACCGAGAAGUUUGAAGAGUUCCAAAACACACUUUCCAAAAGCAACGAGGUCUUUACUACAUUCAAACAAGAGAUGGAAAAGAUGACAAAGAAGAUCAAGAAGCUGGAGAAGGAAACGACCAUGUACAGAUCACGAUGGGAAAGCAGUAACAAAGCCCUGCUGGAAAUGGCAGAAGAGAAAACACUAAAAGACAAGGAUUUUGAAAGCCUGCAGGUGAAGGUGCAGCGACUGGAGAAGCUCUGUCGCGCGCUACAGAUAGAGCGCAACGAGUUAAGUAAGAAAGUUCAGAGUUUUUCUACAGGUGCCGAAAGUCGGCUGGACACAGAGUCGGGGUCACCUCCUGAAGCCACAGACUCUGAGGAGGGCAGCCCCGUCCACCAGAACACCCCAGAGACUCCACAAAGCGCCUGUAGCCCGGCGUGCCACUGCGGACCAGACCUGGAGGCCGAGACUCGCAGAGAGGUGUGUUCAGCCCAGGAUUGAGUCUUGCUGUCUCCGGUGGGCCAGGACACACACAAUCCUUCCCGCCUCCCCCCCACCACAAACCUCCACGAGCAGGUGGCGUCUUGUUGUUUUUAUGCGUCCACGGACCUGCUGACUCGUCUGCUCUUGGGGGUUUUCAUCGUGUCAGGGAAGAUUGUGCCUUCAAACAUGAUUCCUAUGCUGCGUUUCUACUCUUUGGUUUUUAUGUGGCUCGCUUUAAUUCCAUUAUUUUCAUUUAGAAAGGGCAUGGGUGUUGCUGCUGUCUCGGAAUGCUCAGUGUUUGUCCACUAAAUGCUUGUUUUUCUUUGUCAGUUUGGUGUUAAGAAUAUUAACAGACUGCUGAAAUUGAAGAAAAUAGUUUGUGAGGCAGUUUUGUUUUCUUUCUUUAGGCAGUUUUAUUUAAUUUCUGGCCUUAAGUUGUCAUGUCAGGUAAAAUCUGCUGGUAUACUUUCCCUUUUUUUUAGUUUGUCGUCCUUAAAUCAGUUUGCACCAAACGAAGAAUGUAUGGUUUGUUAUCCAUCACUUGUCGGAGUUUAGAAUUGUAGACGUACAUUUAAGACUAACAUUAUUUUAAGUUGAAGGCUCAGCUAAUCUGAACCCAGGAUUCGCUUUUGCACAACACUUGAAUUUUUCACAUGUUUCGUUUAACUUAAGUUUACACCACUAGUAUUUUUGGUUUAUAUACUGUAGAUGCAUUCCUUUAACUCAUUCCAUUAACUUCUAAUUGGUAACAUGCACUUAAAUUAUGUCAUGACCACUUUUUCAGUCUGCGAUUUCACAAUUUUCUGCUUACAUUUGUGUUUAUGGCGUACAAAUUGUAUUUAAUAUAUUCAUAUAGUUAAAAAAGGAAGAAUACAUACAUCCCCAAGUCUAGUUAGGUCAGAAGAUUUAAAAACACUAUGCAAUUCUAGCUCUGUUCAUGUCAUCUUGGUGUUUAGCAGGUGAGCAAAGCACUGACAUGCUGAGAAAUGAAUGUAAGUUCCACACAAAGUGACUUAGUCCAGUGAUGUCAGUCAAUUCCAGCACUCUUGGAUUUUUUGAGUUUGUUUUCCAGUAUGUUUUAGCACACUUGCAGUAGCUCUCUGAGCAGAUUAGUAAAAUGUUGGUGUAGUGUUGAGCAUGAAGUGCAUCCAGUCAUCAGUUGGCCAUGUAAAAUCUUGCGCAUUCCAUUCCAAGUCAUGGUAUCUGCUUCAAUUGAGAUUCUUUUGUUUCAAAAAGUUUGUCAACUGGUAUUCGUGAGUCGUUUUAUCAUUUGCUCUUCAUUCAAAUUUGACAUUUCCAUUAUAAAAGAAGGUACCAAAGAUCUGUGUUGAUUUCACACCCUGUAUACAUUUAUUUGCGAAUUAAAAUACUAAAGAAAUUCAAA